UUCGCCUUUCCUUCUUUCGUUCACUUUUGCCUCAUCGUUACUAACCAUGAAUCAGAAUAAUGGAGUGUCUCUACGCGGUAUGCCCUCUAAGAGGCGAAAAAACCGCCACCACAAACAUAACCAGGGCCGCCCAGACCAAUCAGAAAAGCCAACUGAUACCCAAAGCAAUGCCUAUAGCUCUGAAGAACGCGGGUUCGCGAGAGGAUCCGCCAUCGGCUCAAGUAACUCACCACUGUCAUCGCAAUUGGAAAGUUCGUUCGAUACUCCGAUGCAAUACGAUGCGACAGGCAAACCACUCGUAGCACAUGGCACCGAAACAUAUGGAGACAUCAUGCUUCAUCCAGCACAGCAAUAUCAUUUGCACAAACAACGUAUGGAAAAGUACAAACUUGAGGUGGAAGCUUGGGAAACCGAAAAGACUGGUGAAAAGCCCAUACCUGUUCCCGUUGGCAUCCAAUCUGGCGAUGUCUUUGAACUACGAUCAGUCAUUCAUUUUAGGAAGUUGAUUGGAGAUCAAACUAUCAAAAUGACAGAUGAACUUGCUGCAAGCAUUAGCCAAGAGCUUGACUUUUCACCUGAUGAGUUAAAAGAACUAAGCAACGUAAAGAACACCGAUGCACUUGCCAAACUGAUACGAAAAUCAGGUCAUGAGUUGUCCAUUAAAGUCCACAACUCGGAAGACGUGCAUCCUGAGGGAACAAAAUCUCCGGCAAAAUCGCCAGAGAUGGAAGAGAAGAAUCCCCUCGAUGGCCAUCACUACCCACUUAGCGAGCAGCCUGUUCCAUCUCCAGUGGCGACACCUGCAGGCCCCCCAGCGUCUACCCCGAAGCAACAGAAUUUGAGCGCCCCCACCUCCCCAACAACGUCUCAACUCUGAUGCCACCAGCGCAAAUGAAAAGGAUAGAAGAAAUUCUACUGAUUCCGAAAGAGCCCAUCUUGCCGCUGGUUCAGCCAUCAUUCAUUUAAAC